AUGUUUUUAGUGUAUGCGACAAACGAAGAAGCAGAAAAAGAUAAAAGCAAAUUUAUUUUCAAUUGUUAUCAAAGAGCUCAUCAGGUACAACCAAUCAAAUCAUCAAGUCGUGUGGCUUAUGCAAAAGGUUAUCAAACAGGUGAUCCAGUAAAAAGAGGUAGAGGUAGAUUUGGUUUAAUAGGAACACUUGGCCUAUUAGUCACAUGUAUUUUAACUGGUUCUGAAGAUGAUGAUUAUAUUGAUAUAGAAAAGCUUACACCGCCUAAAAAAUCUGAUUCAUUAAAUCUUCAAGUUAAGAGUAAAGGAGGAGGAUCAAAUAUCGCAGUUGGAUAUAUCAUUGGGUAA